AUGCUCCGAUUGACGUUAAUUUUAUCUUACAUGUUUGCAGUUCUUACGUCGGUGGAAGGAACCUGCGGUAACCGUCCACGCACACGAAUAGUCGGAGGGCGAGAGGCCAUAGUGAACUCCUGGCCAUGGCAAGCUAUGAUUACAACUUCCAGAGGAGGACAAUUUUGUGGGGGAUCAUUAGUUCAUCCGAACUGGGUCUUGACUGCUGCACAUUGUGUGAAAUCACGGAAACCAGAGACAACUCGUGUCAGAAUGGGGGCCCACUCAAAAUACAAAAAAGUUGGAACGGAACAAGACAUCGAUGUGGAAGAAAUCAUAGUCCACUCUAGCUAUAACAAGCCCACAAAGGAAAGCAACGAUAUCGCUCUAUUAAAACUCAAAAAGCCUGCGAAGCUUGGAAAAGGUGUAGGCCUCGUGUGUAUGCCAGACCCUGGACUUCCUUUGCCAGUCGAUGACGUAAACAGAAAGUGCUGGAUAACCGGCUGGGGGCGUUUGUCCGAUGGCGGACAAUCAGCAACAAACCUAAUGCAAGCCGACCUACCUCUCUACUCACACGAUCGUUGUAAAGGGAUGCUUCAUGGCUUUGACGAAUCAAUGUUGUGUGCUGGUUUCGACGAAGGCGGAGUUGAUGCAUGCCAAGGAGACAGCGGUGGGCCGCUGGUCUGCGAAUACAACGACAAGUGGUAUUUAGAGGGUGCCACAAGCUGGGGAUAUGGGUGUGCUCGUCCUGGUUAUCCUGGAGUAUAUGCUAAAGUACGUCAUUUGAUGUCAUGGGUACACGAUCAGACCCAGGGUGAAGUCAUGCCUUCCAAUUUUCACGAGAAGAUAAUUUGUCAGGACGAGAGAGAGAAAAUUAGCUGCAGCGGAAGGAAAAUAAAAGUACAUUCCGCUUACUACGGAAGAACAAAGUUUUAUUUAUGCGGAAUGGGGCUUAAUACAAAUUGCAAAGCAUCUGGGUCCCAAGGAAAGAUCACUCGAGCUUGCGAUGAAAAGGAGUACUGUAAUCUUUACGCUUCCAACGAUGUAUUUGGAAAUCCAUGUCCAGUGAUUUCAUCAAAGUACAUUUACAUCAAAUACUCUUGUGAAUAA